AUGGAAGGAAGGAGUGUUGUGAAGGGUACUUUGUACUUGCUGUUGACAGUGAUUGGAAUCCCAGGUAAUCUGGCAAUUGUUGCAUCGUUCAUCCACAUCGCCUACUGUGAGCACAAGCUUUUGCCGGCAGACACAAUUGUGUACAAUCUAGCUACUGUCAACUUACUAGUGGUUUUGGUAAGGUGCAUUCCAGAAACUACAGCAGCAUUUGGACUAAAGCAACUCUUUGAUGACAAUGGUUGCAAAAUUGUAAUCUUCAUGUACAGAAGCAGCAGGUCCUUGUCAAUUUGGCUGACUUUUCUACUGAGUGGCUUUCAAUGUAUUAGCUUGACACCAGUCACUUCAACUUGGACUAAGGUCAAAAGGCAAGCAGCAAAAUGCCUUUCUGUAGCUCUUGUCUUUCUGUGGUUGCUGAAUAUGUCCUUAAGUACUCCAGCAGUAUUAUUUUCCAUUUCCUCAGCAAACAAUUCAACUGGCAAACAAUUUGCUGUGAACCUUGAGUAUUGUUUUGUGAAAUUUCCCUCACGGGCAGUGAAACUUGCAAAUGGUGCAGUUCAAACCUCCAGAGAUGUCAUUCCCAUUGUCCUUAUGGUACUUGCCAGUGGUUAUAUUCUAUUGAUUCUGUAUAGACAUAAGCAGCAGGUAAAAGGCAUUCGGAACUCAAAUAAAGACAAUGGAUCCACUAUUGAGACACGUGCAGCCAAAGCUGUGGUCACUUUGGUUACACUUUAUGUUCUUUUUUUUGGGGUUGAUAGCAUUCUUUGGGUUUACACUCUGACUGUUGCUAAAACCAUGCAGACCUCUCUCAUUUCAGACCUUCGAGUCUUUUUUUCCUCUCUCUAUGCUUCCAUCAGUCCCAUUGUAAUUAUUAUUUCCAACCGAAAAGUCCACAACAAAUUAAAAUGUGCAAAGGCAAACCCAGAUGCAAAUUUGGUAGAAACUGUUCCCCGAGUUUAA